CUUUUACAUGACUCUAUCAACACUAACCAAGGAUAUAUGGGCACCUAUCCAUCGUGAAAAGCAAGAGCUUCCCGCUCUGCCCCGCUCGAGCCAUCUAUAACACAUGAGUUCAAGCAGGAGAAACGGAAAGCCCGCAUCUUGCGAGCCUUGUAGAUUGAACAAGACAAAAUGCGACCAUAAUUAUCCCAAAUGCGGCCGAUGUCACCAACGAGGCAUUGCCGAUCGGUGCUUUUACCAUCCAGCUCCGCUUACCAAACGUCGGGAGGUGGACGAGGAUCGUGUAAACGAUCCUCGACCCGCUAAGAGAAAGCGAACUUCAAGACUUAAUCCCUGGGAGGCGCUUCCUACUCCUUCUUUGUCUCAAGAUGACCGGCUCGCAGACGCUGUCGCGGCGGAGACAUAUCGCCCCGGAUACCUUGGUCCUACGAGUUAUGCGGCUAUCUUACCGAAAGAUGACGAUUCUCCGGAGCAACGCGAUCGAGCAGCAUCUGUGGGAUCUGAAGAUUCUGACAGGGAAUUGUGUCACCAACACCCACUCACUAAACCGAUACGCACUCAGAUGGCUACCGAUAUCUUACGAGCCCUACGCCAUUAUCCGCUGAUCCGAGACCUUGUGUUAUGGUAUGCCGACAGCUGCCAGGCCGGAGUAGUUCCAUUACCCCUUGAAGUUGAUCUAGUCAAUGCUCUGCGACCCCUUGUGGAAAAGUACAAGCUCACGAAUUCCGUCCCAGACCCUCGCUUAGUAUCAGAUGUCCUGGAGAACAGCACUCGACCGCUGCGUGUCUCUCCGUCGUUACCUGCGCGAGAAUUCCACAAGAUUUGCUCAGGCGACCACCUACGGUUCGAGACUCUGGGUCUGCUUCUUGCACUCGCCGGUAGGGCUCUGGUCUUUGGAGCCUAUUCCAAUCUGUUCGCCGACGCCGACAAUCGUGCAUUAAAACCUCGCCUUAUCGACGAGAUGCUUCGCGCCAGCACUGCUUGCGUCAUGUUAUGCAAUUUGAUCAGCCCGGUAAACGACCUCAUAUUGUGGAUGUUCUACGAGAACUACAUGCUAUCGUUAUUGGUGUGCGGUUACACUGGACCGCCUUCUUGGAUGCGUCUCGGCGAAUGGGUAACGCAAGGCUAUGCCCUGGGAUUGCACAGGGAAUCGAGCUGGGUGGGAUUGCCACCAUGGCUCGCCGAAACGCGCAGAAGGGUCUUCUGCUCGACAUACAACAACGACAAGAUGAUCUCCACGUUUUUAGGCCGGCCCCUCCGAAUGAGUAUAAGACAUACCGAUGUAAAGAUGCCGCUUGACUUAUCCGACGACGACCUUAUCAGCGAUCCAGCAACUUUAGACAGUGCGAUACAAUCUUUGGACGAGCAGGGGUGGAACACGAAGGGUCUCUACAUCAGAGCGGCAUGGCUUCGUUUAAGGUUUGUGGCAUCGCAAUUCCGCGAAGAGAUUCUCGACCUGGCGUCGAUGAAACUUGACGAAAACGUGGAACGACAACUACUUGACAUAUCUCGGCGCAUCCACUCAAGCUGGGAAACAUUCCCGCAGCACCUACGUUACCGGGCUAGCUGCUGGGACGAAGGUAUCCAGCCCAGAGUGUGCCUCAUGCUCGUCGCAGUCCAUCAAGCACAUUGGUACAACGAAUUCAUGAUCCACAAAUUGCUCGAUCGGCAACCCCUCACGUCGAACACGGAGCUGCUACGCGUUAGUACGUACUUGUUGUCCAGCACCCUGACGCUCGGCACAGUGCGCGAUCGGUCCUACGACAUCCAUCGCGACUUCCUCUAUAUCAUGAUGCAUCAUGGGAUACCGAGCGGGUCGGUCCUCGCGAUCGCGCUGCAGGAACAGCAACGGACGGGUGCGCAGUUUCCGCCUUCGAUAUCGCGCGCAGAAGUCAUUCGCAUGCUUAGCGUGCUGAUUUCCCAUCUUGAUGCUGCGGCGCAUUUGGACUGUUCCGGCGCGAGGCCGGGCGAGGCGAACUAUAAUCUGUGCAGGAAGGCUUCGAAGACGUUUACGAGGAUCGUGGAUGCUGUACUGGAUCCUAAACCGGCCAACAGCGCGCCGGAAGCCACGCCUGUCAGUGGAGAGUUAGACUUGGAGCUCGACUUGGACCUUUUCACCGCGCCUGUGUUUGAGGGGAUGGAGUUUCCAGUUGGAGAUGACGGGAUUGAUUGGAGCUCCGUCGCGCAAUGGGAGCUCUGA